AUGGUUCUCCCCAGCUUCGUAUCACUAGGUGCUAGGCGGCGGCAGCAGAAGGAAGAGGGAGAACCAGCAGAUGGAGCAAUCGCUCAAGGAGAAGGAGGGGGAGAGCCAUCAGGGGAUUCAGAACGAACUCUAACUCCAAAACAACAAUACCCAGCCAACUUCCUCAUAAAAGCCACCAAGAAACGGAAAACAUGGAUAACAAUAUCCAGCCUAUUCUUUUUCAUCUCCGUCAUAUUCCUAAUCCUCACAUUAAUCGGAAACAUAAACAACAAACCCGUAAUCCGCUCCACCUGGUUCUUCAAACUAAACCUCACCAACAUAAUCCCCGCCUCCUCCCCUAGCGACCUAAUCUUCACCAACUCCCUCGCGCGCUCCCUGGGCCUCCACGAUUUCUACCAAGUCGGGCUGUGGAACUUCUGCGAAGGCUACACAGCCGAUGGCAUAACAUCCUGCUCGCACCCGCGGGCCCUCUACUGGUUCAACCCAGUAUCCAUCCUACUCAACGAGCUGCUGUCCGGGGCGACCAUCGCCCUACCCGCAGACAUCAACAAAAUCCUCUCGCUGAUCCGAAUCGCGUCCCGCGUUAUGUUCGGCUGCUUCCUCACAGGCGUGUGCAUGAACUUCAUCAGCAUCUUCAUAGCGCCCGUCACGCUGUACUCGCGGUGGUGGGAGCUCCCGUUCGCCAUCUGGACGUUCAUAGCUGCGCUGCUCACAACGGCUGGGGCGAUCAUCGGGACGGUGAUGUUUGUUAUUUUCCGCAACGUCAUCACGUCGCAGGCGGGCUUGAAUAUCGGUGCGGAGAUUGGGACGCAGAUUUUUGCGUUUAUGUGGGUUGGAGCUGCGUUUAGCCUUUUUGGAUGGGUGAUACACCUUUGUCUGAUCUGCUGCUGUGCUAGUCGCAGGGAUGUGAAGACGGGAAGGAGGAGGGGUGAUAAGGGGGGCUUUGGGGGAUGGAGGGGAGGAGAAGAAGAAUUCCGGGGAAGGGGGGGCCAGGAGGAGGGUGUUGGGGUUGGGGAAGAGGAAGGGGAAGAGUGA